UUCCACGCAUUCUUGGCCGAUGCCCGCCGAUGUCAUUCUUCCUGGACUCGCAACCGCUGGCACCACUCUUUCUGAGCAUGCCUCUACUGAAGUCAUUCCUUUUUGGACCGCCUCCGCUGACAACCGGGGACGUCAAGACGUAUUUACUCGACUGUCGACCUCUAUAUCUCAAUUGGUCUUGGGUUCCUCGAUACCGUAUAUUUCGGACAGCCUACUAUCCUAUUUCAUUGUCAGUCAAGCACUUUAUCUGAAUAAGUGAAUCGCCCUAUCCUUGUCACUGCAGUCUGUAUGGUAUCUCUGCUUUGCCACUGCCGUUGCAUUGUGCUAUCGCAGUUGCGUUAUUACAUAGUUUCUUCAAUUGUGCAUACGCUGACGCCUAG